AGGUGAAGGAUGAACAUCAGAAACUAGCCACAUAUUUUUCUUUCUGACGAUAAGAUUGAUGCUUUCUUCAACUUUGUCUUUCCUUAAUCAAAUUGAUUCAUCAUCCCAACACAUUGUUAAACCAAAUAGUGAGAGACAAUGGCUUCAACAAGAAUAAACUCAUUAACAACAAUCUACAAAUCCCCAAGAAGAUACAGUUCUAACCACAAAUCACCAAACCAAAUCAAACUAGUUUCAAACUCCCUAAGCUCUAAACCCAACACAACACAGCUCCCAAGUAACCUCUACACUGUCAGUUUCAAGACUAUUGGAACAGGUAAGCUUAGCAUCUCAAGAUACCCUGAUUUCGAAUAUUCUCCUCAAGGAGGUUCCGGCUCCGGAACUGCCCGGUGCAUCGACGCGGACGGUGGUGAUAAAAACAGAACUUCAAACUCUGAACUGUCCGUUAGUUUCGAUGUGGGCACUCUUUACAUUCCUUCUCUUACAAACCAAACCACGAAGUUUCUUGGCUUACCAUUACCGCCGUUUCUGAAAAUCGACAUAGCUCCGGAGAUGUUCCAAGGAACCAUCGACCAAGAUUCCGGCAAGGUAUAACUUUCAAUGCU